UAAUUACGGGGAUGCUGUGAGGAUUUUUCUCAUCCACUAUUCAGGAGAUGUCAGAGUGUGUUUAAAUGUCCGCCAUGACACUGAAGCAGCUUCCAGUCCAAGGAGUGAUCAUUACUGCUGCUGCGAUCCUCUGCUUCUUUGGUGAAGUCGGAGGCGAGUUGUCGACGCUGAGGGUGAAACAGGGAGGUUCGGCUCUGCUGAAUUGUCCCUUCAGUCUUCCAGCCAGAGUGUUCUCAGCUCCGCUGCAUGUAGUCGAGUGGGUCCGUCAGGAUUACGACAUUCCCAUCCUUAUCAAGUUUGGAGCUCAUGCACCACGAGUUCAUCCCAGAUACGAAGGUCGCGUGUCUCUGGGCGAGGGGAUGGCGCUGAGGGUGAAGGACCUCGUCGUGGAGGAUGAAGGCUGGUACGAGUGUCGCAUCCUGCUUCUGGACAAUUCCUCUAAGGAGACACGUAACGGCAGCUGGACGCUGCUCUCGGUCACAGCUCCGCCUGUGUUCAUCGAAACUCCACCCUCAAUCACAGAAGCCUUAGUCAGCAGAUCGAUCACACUGAAGUGUGUCGCCCAUGGCAACCCUCCUCCCACCAUCCAGUGGUAUAAAGACGGUGUGGUGUUGAACCAGACCAGCGAUGUGACUGUCCUGAAUGGGAGUCUGACUUUCUCCUCUGUGAGUAGAGAGACAGCAGGACGUUACCAGUGCCAGGCCUCUAACAGCGAUGGAAAUGAGAUUCACACCAUGCAGCUCAGGGUCAAAGGUCCUCCUGUAAUCCUGAUUCCCCCGACGGACACCAUCCUCAACAUGUCCCACAAUGCCUUGCUGCGGUGCCAGGCUGAGGCCGAUCCUCCCAACAUGACCUACGUGUGGAUGAGAGAUGGAGAGAACAUCUACCAUAUAGAGUCUCUGAAGUCUCGUGUGAAGGUGAUGGUAGACGGCACACUGCUCAUAUCCAGCUUAAUCCCGGUGGAUUCUGGGAAAUAUGUCUGCAUGCCAACGAACGGACUUCCGACUUCGCCAACUGCUUCGGCUACGCUUACAGUGCGACACCCUGCACAGGUGACCCACAUGCCCGAGCAGAUCUUCCUCCCUACAGGCCUGAGAGGAGUGAUCUCCUGCCCACUGCUUUCUGAACCCCCGCUGCUCCGAGUGGACUGGACCAAAAACGGAAAAGCGCUCGACCUCAACGCUUACCCAGGCUGGAUCCUGACAACAGACGGUUCGAUCGUGAUCACCACGGCUAACGACGACGCGCUCGGCGUCUACACCUGCACUCCGUACAACAGCUACGGGACCAUGGGCCAAUCAGAGCGCACCAGCGUCGUCCUGCAGGACCCUCCAUCCAUCACACUCGCCCCAAACAAAGAGUACAGGGCGGAAGUCGGGAGGACGCUGAUGAUCCCCUGCCAAGCACAGGGAGAACCUCAGCUUACAAUCACCUGGACCAAGCUCAGUCCGUCGGUCUCUCGCCCUCUGUACUCCGUGUCAGGAAACGGUUCUCUGCUCCUUCAGUCUCUGAGUAAAGAGCAUUAUGGUGAGUGGGAGUGCAGUGUGAGGAACCGAGUCUCCACCAUCACGACCACUACCACCAUCACAGUGCUCGGUACAAGUCCCCAUGCUGUAUCCUCCGUGUCUGUUGAAGUUGGAGUAAAUCAGGCCAAUGUGUCCUGGACGCCUGGAUUUGAUGGGGGAUAUGCACAAACAUUCACCGUCUGGCUGAAGUGUGUCUGUGCAGAUGAGGAGCAGCAGGAAUGGCGUUCAGCUCCUGGUCCGUCCUCCAGCACCAGUGUGUUGGUCAGCGACCUCCUUCCAUCUACCGAGUACCAGUUCAGCGUGAUGGCUCACAACAAGCUGGGCAGCGGCCCGUUCAGUGAAAUCGCCGCUGCUGAAACUAUGGAUGCACUUCCUAUCAAGCCAGAUCCACCCACACUGCUGUUCUUCAACCAGAGCUCUGAAGGGGUUUAUCUCCGGUGGGACGCGUCAUCGCACCAGCAGCUCCCUAUCGACAGUUUCGUCCUGCAAUCACGUCUUGAGGAGGGCGAGUGGUUGACAUUGGAGGAGGACAUCGAUGGGAAUAAGAGCGAAAUACUCGUUCAAGGAUUACAGAAGUACUGCAACUAUGAGCUACGGCUCCUGUCUCGGCGUGGAGAGCAGCUGAGCAUUCCCAGUCACUCGAUCAAUGUCUCCACUUUGGUCAUCAACAUGCAUUCUCCAAGUUCACUCCUCCCAGGGGCGGAGCCUCAGCCGCUGUGGGCUGGAGUGGUGAUCGGGAUGGGGGUCUUGUGUCUUUUGCUUCUCGCUGUUUUGGUCACAGUGUGUUUAAUUGGCCGGAAAAGAAGUCGACGCCACAGGAAGAUGAUGCAGGAUCAUGCAUCAUCUAGGAAACCUGACUCAGCUCCUGGCAGCCCUGACAGUGUACUAAAACAGAAACUCCUCCCUCUUCGGCCACUCUCCAGUUCCUCCUCCUCUUCAGACCACUCGUCCUUGGAGAAAUCCAACCGGAGCGAUUGUCCUGACCAGAAACAGCACCAGCUCCCACGUACCCAACCUCCAUUGCAGGGUUCAGUACCCGAGAAUCACCUCCAUCGUUCCUCUACUGUAGAACUCAUUCAUCGUGGGCCAGAUGGCCGCUUCAUGCAUGAGCCUUAUGAAGAGCUUAGCACUUCAGAUUUUGCUUCAUCCAAGCAUGAAAGGGCAAGGCAAAGCUUUUCGCAUUCGUCCGAACGAGCCUAUGAUGCCAAACUUCGUAAAACACAAUCUUUGUGCUCUCACAGGAGUGAAAGGAAGCAUCCUCCUUUUGUCCUUUCCGUGGACAUGCCUUCUUGUGGGUUGGACAUUUCUCCUUCGGGCAGAGCACAAACGUUGCCCCGGUAUGGCUGCUACUCUGUGACUCUGGGACAGGAGAUCUCAAAUCGAUCAAGUCUGUCCUCAGAGACCAGCUGCUCAGUUCUUUACCCACCAUCAGACAACUGUCAGACGCUAAAGCGUGCCGGGACUCACUCCACGGCCAACACUCUUGUUCUGCAAAUGGAGCAUGAAAAAGAACAAGGAAACCUGAACCAUUGUCUGAGGCUGGCCCAAGAGCGAGAGGAACUGGAGCGAGAGUUGCGUAAAUACACUCUGGGUCAAAACUUUGAAAGCAAGACAGGUGGAUCACUCCGAGCAGAGAGGAAGAGGGAUAUCGAGGAUAAUGAUGAAACUGCCUGGAAAGGCAGCGAAAUGGGAUUCUUGCAUGUUUCCCAGUUGUCCAAUAGAGGGCAAUGUCUAUCCAAUAACACUAUUAGCCCAAGAGUGAGAGCUUCCUCUUGCAUUCCGUGGGAGGCUGGAUACAUAAUGUCUCCCAGUAACCUCGUUCAUGCACAGAAUUGCCACGAAAGGGCUUUUGAGUGCCUGAACGACUCUCAUUUAAACCAAAUGUCAAACCACAGAAGGUCUAAAAGUCUAGAGCGAGGGGAGCACCAGAGAUCACGUGUUAAAGAUCAGCGUCGAAGGCGAACCAUGACUGAAGGUGCCCCUGUCAAUUUUGAUAAUAAACCUUUAGACCCAACUUUGGAAAGAUCUCAUUAUAGUGUGGAGAGCAGGCUGAAUAAUCCUGGAGCCUACGGAUGCAGUCAACAACAUAUUUUCCCAAGAAUGAGUCACUUGGGAGAGACACAGCGAGGACGGAAAGCAGAGAAAAGCAGAGGGCAGGUUAGCUGUGCAACUGAUUAUGUGGAGAUGUGUGUGGAUGAGCCGGAGGUACAGGCGCCGUCUCCUCUAACAAGGUCCAUGCAACAGUCCAUGGAUUCUCAGAAACGCAGUAUAUAUCAGCUGCAGAUGGAGACCGAAAAACAUUCGGGGUACAAAACCAUUCAGAGAGGCAUGAGAAGGGACCUGGGGAGGAUGAGCAGUGGGUCAAGCAGAACCCUUCCUUCAAAACAUCGACAAAGUCCAGCUUUAAAAAAUGGUCUUAAUGGGGGUUCUCAGGGUAUAAUUCACCACAAAAGUGCCCCUAGUUUGGAAGAUAAUAUGUACAGCGAGCAAUUCCUGCCCCCUGAUGCCUGGAUUGACUCGCUAAACAUGCAGCAAAAUUCCCCUCCUUCAAAUGGUGAUGAGAACCGAACAGUGAGUCAAGAAACUAAACCGUGUACACCUCCAGACAUUCAGCUUAGAGACUCCCAUAAUCAGCAGGCCUCUCAUACUGCUUCUAUUCCUGACCAAGACUGUCAGCGCCACAGUCCGCCUUCCAUGCCUCUGGAGAAUUCCAGCUGGCCUCCGAUGCAUUGCUACUCCCCAGAACCCGAGGGAAGUUGCCGGAGCUACGCCAGCCAUAGCAGUGGCAGAGGAAGUCUGGAUCAGCCUAGCAGCAGGCAAUCUCUGUCUUUUAGCCCACCUUUAAACAGUUCCCUAGAGAUCCCUGAGGAGAGCUACAGAGAUGAGCCUGGCCAGCCCUCUCUGCAGGAUUGCUCCAGGAGGGAUUCUGUUGAUGAGAACUAUGAGUGGGACUCAAACUACAUCUCCAUGAACUCUAAUGACCUCAAAACGUCAAUCAGCUCGGUAAACCUGCAGGGGGAGAUCCUGAGCAAAGGAAGUCAGAGGAGCGCUAUAAACGACAGCAGGCAGUCCUCGAAGCAGGAAAAGAGAGGUCUGUAUCGCUUGGUAAGCAUUCUGCCCCCCAGCUGUGAAGAAUCUCUCCUGGAGCUGGAAAUUCAGCACGGCUCCAUGUGCUAUCCUGACAAAGUCCCUGUUCCUGAUGCGGAUGCUGUGCUUUUCUGAGACUUAUUGGAUCCUCUGAACCAACAGCCCAUACCAGUGAGCAACGCAUCUCAUCUCGAAACACCAAGAGACUCGAUGGGAAAUCAACAAAGCGAAACAGGACCCCCAGAUUUUUUUAUUUUGCUGUCAGUGUUCAAUGCAAUUCCUAAACGUCUUUUCACAUACGACGGCUACGACUUUACUGCCACAAAUAAGCUGCGUACUGUACGAAUGGCAGCCUGAUAUGGACAUGUCUGGUUUUUCUGGCAUUUGGAUAAUUUCAGGAUAAAUUUCACCUUGGAAUUAAAGAAGGUCGAAUCUGAUUGGUUGAAUUCGCCAGACUCGAAGGAUGAAAGAACUGAAUUCCUGGUUUUAUCACUCAGACGAGAUUACAGCCAGGAAGAAAACAGACUCGAGAUAAUCUGCUCUGCUCAGUCAGCCCUGUCGUUCCCACUUCCUGUAUCUGCGCAAAAAAAAAAAAAAAGAUUCCAAUGAUAGAACAGGACUACAAUGGAGAAGAUUUGUCAAAAUCGGGUGUUUUUGAGAAUUCGAGAUGCAGUUCAGAGUGAACUUUGUGCACGGCGUUGAGCCGUGGACGUCGAUAUCGAUCUGCGCUCGGAGACUGAGCGCUGGGAUUAAAGCCCUGGUCAGUUUGUGUGGAAAAAGUUCUAAAGUGAAAGCUUUCUUCGCGCUCUGAGGCUGUAAGCGUGUGAUCGGUUAUAUAAGGUGAAAUGGCUUGAAAAAGUUCACUUCUUUCAAAAACAAAACAAACCUAUAUAUAAAUACGUAUAUGAAGGA